AUGGAGGACAGCGAAAACGAAUCCCUUAUUGCAAAAGAACGAAUUGAAGCUUCUUCCGAAAUUGAGACUAUUGAUGAAGACAGAGAAAACCCUUCCCUCCAAACUAGUGGUAAUUGUUCGGGUUCAACACUUUUGAUUGUGCUAGGAGUUUUGUUACAAGCCAUUGUGGUUUCAAUAAUGGCAGUUAAUUGGGCACAACUGAUUUCUCCGGAGUGCGAGAACAAAAAUAUGGGGCAAAUUGUUUUAAUAAUAUCUGUUUCGAUUGGAUUGGUAUCCAUUAUAGUUCUCUUGUGUUUGCGCCAAAGGAAUUUUAAGUCAGAACUUUCAGAACAUAAAACAAGUAUCACAUUUUUAAAGAUCAAACUGAUUUCAUUGUAUAUCUUUGGUCUAGGUUAUAUGUUUCAUUGUGGAUUAUACACAUGGAAAAAUUUUUCUUAUGACAUUUGUCCAGAAAACAGUAACCUAAGUAUAGCCUUUAAUAUAUUAUCUAUAUUGUACACAUUCCUUCUUUUUAUUUAUUUUGCCCUGUACUAUGAACGAUGUGAUGCAAAUACAUUUGGAGAAAAUGCAGCUUCACUAGGCAUUUUCUUAACCAGCGCAUGCAUUUGGUUUAAUGCACUUUUUUCUGAGUCUAACUUUCUAUUUAAAAAUGAAACAAUUGGUGAUAAUUCGUCAAUGGUAAAAAAUAUUACCAUGUCUGCAAAAAGAGCAAUGGAGGCAAUUGAAAAGUCCGAUCCAUUCUUAUCCCCAGCAAUGAUAGAAUUUUCUCUUAUAUCUAUUGACAUGUUAUUUUUAAAAACUGACCGUUCUACAAAAACCUCAAAAUCAGGUAUUUCAAAUGAAGCUGAAAAUUUCACGAAUGGUAAUGAUUUUGCACGUCUGCCAAGGUGUGUUCGAAUAACAGGUCAAUUCUUUCUCUCUCUGGUUGUUUUGACUUUAUUUGUGUUCACCUUUGUAGUAGUAAUAACAAACGAUCCUUCCAAUGAUAUAUUGGAUCAUCCUGACGAUUUUGAUGUUUACGUUUCAAUGCAACUGUCUAUAAAAUUACUGAUGCUUAUAUUGGUAUUCAUAUGUCUUUUUGUCGAGUGGUCUUGUUUGAAUUUUCAUUUAAAUGUUUCAGCAUUUGUAUUACUGGUCACUUGUUUUGGUAAUGCUGUUUAUCAUACAUUGUACUGCGUUGCUCUAUUUUUUGAAGGAAAAAAGGAUGAAAGUCAGUUUAUUGGUGUUUCCUGGACCGACAACAUCAUUAGCAUGCUUUUAGCCUUAUUUCAAACAGUGUUUAUACUAGGAACCCAUUCACCUAAAGAUUACAAAAACUUUACGUGUCAUACUUGCCCUACAAAAUGUGCAAGGUGGUUACAUAACAAAUUUGUGCACUACGCAUGCUGCCUUUUGGGCAUUCUUAAUUUGGGUUUAUGGAUCAGUAUUAGCAUUGGAGAAGGACGUCUUCCAGUAUUUACUAUUUCCAUUUAUAAGGCGUUUAAUAAAGUUGUUUGGUCGUUCAUCAAUAAGAUCAUUUUACCUCUUACAAUAUUUUUCCGCUUUCAUACUGGGCUAGAUUUCUUAGAAUUUUAUUGGAAGCAUAAUACUAUGAAUAGAAAUUAGGUUUUCUAACUGAACUUCCGAAGAAACCCUAGGAGCUAUAAAUUGUUGCAAAGAAUGAUAUCACUUAAAUCAAAUAUCGAUGACGUUAACAAAUAACCAGAAGUGAUUAAAAAAAGAUGUAUCUUUCAACACCACAGCACAAACAUUAGCCGUACUAUUAAAUUCAUAAUAUCUUAUAUGGUUUUAAUAGCAAACAUACUUAUUCAUAUGAUGUGUCAUUUCAGGGUUUUUUUAAAAGUCCGAAAUAUUCUUUUAUAAAAAAAAGUUUAUAUAUUUGCAUCAUAUUAGCAAUUAUACAGAAUAUAUGUUCUUAUGAAAAAAAGCUGAUAUGCAGUGACAUGUAACAAAACACUCUUUUUUCUGAAUGAUUUAUUUGGUGUAUGAGUGUCUGAGGUUUUAUAUGUAAAACAACUGUUUAUAUUGAAUAUCUUCAAAGUGAUAAUGCUAUUUGGAUUGUUUUAUCAUUGCUUUAUUGUUUUCAUGAAAGGAAAAUAAACUUCAUAAAUUAUUAAAAUUUUGUUUUUUAUUGUUAUUGAUCCAACGUUUUCAAUUCAUUUAACAUUAAUUUGCUGUUCCAUAGCUGAACCUUUUUUAUCAUGUUUUGUUAAAACACUCAUCUAGAAAGAACAAGUGUAUAACAAUGACAAAAAUGUCAACCCUAAAGAGGCAUCAUUAAAGUAAUUACCUGUAAUUAAAAUAUUUAUUGUUUUUGUCAGAUGUGUAUGAUUAAGAUAAGACGGAAUACUAAUCACGUGACUUUUGUUGAUCACAUGGCAUUACUUUUGAAUGUAUUGAAAUAGGUAUGAAAUAGGAAUGAACACAUUUUUGUGACGUCAUCUCCUGUGUUAAACUGUGUCAAGAAAUUACAUAAUGUCCCACA